AUAAAGAAGAAGACGAAGAAGAAGUAGUAGUAGAUGAUGAAGAAGAACAAUAUGAUAAUGAUGAUCAAUUUAAUAUGGAAAAUCAAUUAAAAAAAUUAACUAACUAUUUAAGAGAUAAACAUUUUUAUUGUAUUUGGUGUGGACAAACAUUUGAAACAUUAGAUGAAUUACAAAAUACUUGUCCUGGAAAUGAAAGAGAUUUACAUUAA